AUGGCAUUCUGGGCUGCCACUCGCGGUCUGACACCACCCUCGAAGGUUCCGCCCAUGCUGAAUCCCAAUCAACGUCAAUUUCUCGAGGAUGAGCUGCGCUUUCGUAACAAAAUGCAGUUGCUCGCCGGCGAACCGAUUCACAACCUGGACGAUGUUUAUGUGCGCAAAGCGGAAGCAGUUGAUGAUCCCAACGAGUUGGAUAAACACGACUCCUUCUAUCACACAACCAAAAGUCUGUUGGUGCUCUUUCAAAUCAUGGGCGUCAUGCCCAUACAUCGCAAUCCGCCGAUAGACAACAUGCCACGCACUGGCUACUCCUGGCUGUCGAAGCAGGUCCUCUGGGCGGUCUCCAUCUAUACGUGUCAGACCACCAUUGUGGUGUUGGUGCUCCGCGAGCGUGUAAAAAAGUUCAUCAACAGUCCCGACAAGCGUUUCGAUGAGGCCAUCUACAAUGUCAUUUUCAUUAGCUUGCUGUUCACAAAUUUUCUGCUGCCCAUCGCUAGCUGGCGACAUGGACCCCAAGUGGCUAUUUUCAAGAACAUGUGGACGAACUAUCAAUACAAAUUCUUCAAGACCACCGGUUCGCCCAUUGUGUUUCCCAAUCUCUAUGUGCUGACCUAUAACCUGUGCAUAUUCUCCUGGCUACUCAGCAUCGCCAUCAACUUGUCGCAGUACUUUCUGCAGCCGGACUUCAAGUUGUGGUACACCUUUGCCUACUAUCCCAUCAUUGCAAUGCUCAAUUGUUUCUGCAGCCUGUGGUACAUCAAUUGUAAUGCCUUUGGCACGGCCAGUCGCGCCCUUGCUGAUGCUCUGGAGACCACAAUUCAGGGAAGUAAGCCGGCGCACAAACUAACCGAAUACCGACACCUCUGGGUCGACUUGAGUCACAUGAUGCAGCAGCUGGGACGCGCCUAUUCGAAUAUGUAUGGCAUGUAUUGUCUCGUCAUCUUCUUCACCACCAUCAUUGCUACCUAUGGCUCGAUCAGUGAGAUCAUCGAUCAUGGCGCCACCUACAAGGAAGUGGGUCUCUUUGUCAUCGUGUUCUACUGCAUGGGACUGCUCUACAUUAUUUGCAAUGAGGCGCACUAUGCUUCGCGCAAGGUCGGCUUGGAUUUUCAAACGAAACUGCUCAACAUUAAUCUCACGGCUGUGGACAUGCCACACAGAAGGAGGUGGAAAUGUUUUUGGUGGCCAUAG